UUUGUGAUGAGGGUCUGACUCGCUUUGAGCUCUGGUCUCUAUAAAGAAAAGUGUUGCUCAUUCUCAGUAUUUAAAAGGAGCAGCAAGUGCUUACACAAAGUGAACUUUCGGCUAAAUCGACACUUAACUUGUUAAUUUUAUUUUCUGUGCUUUUAAGUUCCAUGAGGAUGGUCUAGGCAAAGAUCCUACAUCCUGUUAAAGAGAAAUUAAACAAACAAAACUUAUUUUGCAAAAGUAGUGUGUGAUUUAUCUGCCAUUGUCAUAAGAAUUCCAAAUAGACUAACUCACUGUAGGUAGGAGUUAAUUAUAGCCUGAAAAAGCAAGGUUUUUGUUUUUGUUUUAUAUUUUAGAGGAUUUUAAAGUUAACUGUUUGGACAAUUUGGCUAGGCUCAUGAUUGCUGGCCAUAAACCAUGAAGGUGAUUUAUUUAAAUUUGUUCACCAACUUAACUCACUGGCAGUUAUGUGUAUUCUUUCCUACAGUGUAAAAAAUAAGUGCCCAAGAGCAGACCUUUUUUUCUCCCUAUUAAUUUUUGAAAAAAAUAUUUUUAUGAAUGUAUGUAGCUGGUAAAUUGUUCAUGGAACUUGAUACUAAUAGGCUAUCCAUUAAUACUAUUUUUUCUAGGAGAUACAAAAAGUAGUUUUUAAAAAGAUAGCUAUUUUAAUGAGGCAGGGGCACCCUUUUCCACCUAACUUACACUUUUCCUUAGAAAGAAAAGUCACAAAACUCUUAUACUUUUAGUAUGAACUGUGACUCAAGAUCUUUUAUUUAGUAUCAAAUAAAUGUUUGUUUUAAACUGUAUAGUAUCAAGAAAUACAGUUUUGGAAUUAUAUGGUUUAGAAGUUUGUUUUAACAGGACAAAGAGUUAAAUUAUGAAAAUUCUGAUUUUAAGAUGAUGUACACAUUUAAAAGUCAAAAUCAGAGUUAUUUUGCCUGCGGGAACUGUUUGGAAUUCACUCGCCUACCAUUCCACAGAGGACGUUGCUUUACCCUACAAUUUUCAAAAAAUAUGUUUGAAAUCUAUAAAGUGCUAGAUUAAGCUGUCCUACAGAGAUGUGUAGUUACUAAAAUACUUAGAAGAUCUUGUUAUUUGACAGCUUUAACUAUAAGGUGUUUCUCAAUUAUAGACCGCAGAGACAGCCUGCAGCAAGGCGGCUUACGUGUUGCAUCUGGAAGCAUUUUGAACACGGAGUGUGCUAGAGUUGGUCACAUGGAUAUGAACUGUGGAGCCACUUUGAUAACUUCACCUGAGAAAGAGAGAGCCUUCUUUCUUAUUACAAGACCAUAAAGAAAACAGACGACGGAAGGAAUCGUGCCAGAUGCCAACGCUACAUCUUUUUCAAACCAUCAAGACAAGUGGCUUGCGCUUUAAAGAAAAGGAUUUGUUAAUCGACGUUAUUUUUAGGAGUUAAAAAAAAUCUUUUUCAUCCUAAGCUACACAAAUCUCUUUUAAAAUUUAACACAUAUAAAAAUUUUUAAGGCCUUGUUUAAAACAGCCUUCUCUUCUAGUUUUCAGAACCUAAUGUUUAUGUGCCCUGUUUUUGCUUGACAAAGUCCUCAAAACUUUGAGCGUCGGGAAAGACAUGGACUCGGGAGCUUACGCCACUGUAAUAGACUGCGGUGAAUUUCAGAGGACAGUUCAAGGCAGCACCCGUUUCAUCAGACGUAUCACAUAAGGGAAUAACUCUUAGCUUUAAUGCCAACAGAGUUGCUUGAAAAUGGCAUGGGUGAAAUUCCUGCGGAAACCGAGCGGCAAUCUUGGAAAAGCGUACCAGCCCGGGAGCAUGCUGUCCCUGGCCCCGACCAAAGGCCUGCUGAACGAGCCGGGGCAGAACAGCUGCUUUCUUAAUAGUGCUGUGCAGGUUUUAUGGCAGCUGGACAUAUUCCGGAGAAGCCUGCGGGUUCUGACUGGACACGUCUGUCAGGGGGAUGCCUGCAUAUUUUGUGCAUUGAAGACAAUGUUCGCUCAGUUUCAACACAGCCGGGAAAAGGCCCUCCCGUCGGACAACGUGCGGCGCGCGCUGGCCGAGAGCUUCCGGGACGAGCAGAGGUUCCAGCUGGGCCUCAUGGACGACGCUGCGGAGUGCUUCGAAAACAUCUUGGAGAGGAUUCACUUCCACAUCGUGCCCAGCCGGGACGCAGACAUGUGCACCUCCAAGUGUUGCGUCAGCCACCAGAAGUUCGCCAUGACGCUGUACGAGCAGUGUGUGUGUCGUAGCUGUGGGGCUUCAUCAGACCCUCUGCCUUUCACAGAAUUUGUGCGGUACAUUUCGACUACAGCCCUGUGCAACGAGGUUGGAAGGAUGACGGAAAGGCACGAGCGUGUCAAGCCCGAACUGUUCGCGGAGCUGCUGCAAGCGGCCAACACGGCGGACGACUACCGGAAGUGCCCUAGUAACUGUGGCCAAAAAAUAAAGAUUCGCCGUGUUUUAAUGAACUGCCCCGAGAUUGUCACCAUCGGUUUAGUCUGGGACUCCGAGCACUCGGACUUGACCGACGACGUCAUUCGGAACCUGGCACCUCACCUCUACCUGCCCGGGCUUUUUUAUAGGGUUACUGAUGAAAAUGCCAAGAAUAGUGAACUUCACCUGGUUGGUCUGAUCUGCUACACCAGCCGGCACUAUUGUGCGGUCACGUUUCACACCAAGAGCUCCAAGUGGGUGCUGUUCGAUGAUGCGCACGUGAAAGAGGUCGGGACGAGAUGGAAAGAUGUGGUCUCCAAGUGCAUCCGGUGCCACUUCCAGCCCCUGCUCCUGUUCUAUGCAAACCCGGACGGCUCGGCGGUUUCCACUGAGGACGCGCUCAGGCAGGUCGUCAGCUGGUCACAUCAGAAACCCGGAGCAGAGAACACGGGAUGUGAAAAGCCCUCCAUUUAUCAGUCAGAUAACCCAAAAGAAAAUGUAUUUGGUGAUCAGGUCAGACAGAGAGAAAAUCAGAAAUUUCAGACAGAUGCUAUUUCAUCAUUUAGUCGGAGCCACGUUCAAGCAAGUGGUGGUCGAGAGCCAGUUAUGUGCGUAAAUUGUCAUUUUCACGUGGCCAAGGAGUUGGGCUUGCUCUGUGCUCCGCUUACGGAAUCUCAUUCCUGGAAGGGACCCGGGAGAAGGGAAAUUAAGCCAGGUCACAGUGACCAAAGGGAAAAAAUGAAGGACAUUUCCAGGGAAUGUGCUCUGAAAGCCCUGGAGCAGAGACACACGCUGUCCACACAGAGGCGAGAUUCGGGUCGACAGAGAGAUGUGCUUGGUGAGGACCUUCCGCAUGGCAAGCCUGGAUCCCCCCCUGCCCCAAACGGCCUCGGGCGGUGUGGCAGCCAGGGCCGGGGGCCCUGCCGACAGAGCCGAGCCGCGGCGCAGGGGCCGAGCGCAGGUCCGCCCCGGGUCCCCGCUGCAGGGGAGCCGGUGACCGGCCGAGUGAAGAGCGACGGCGCUGGGUACGAGACAGACAGCAGCCACGACUCCCGGGGCAAAGGGAGCGGCCAUCCGGGCAGCAGCCGGAGCCGGAGCCGAGGCUGGAGGCCCAUGCGAGAAACCUUGAAUGUGGACAGUGUUUUUAGUGAGAGUGAGAGGAGGCAGCACAGCCCGCGGCAUAAAUCAGGCGCCGGGAACAAGCCCAGGAGGAGCAGAGAUCAGGGUUCUAACAACUGGCCGAAGGACAGUCCAAAGCAAAAGUGUUUAAUGACCAUAUACGAAGAUGAAACGAAGCAGGACGCGGGGAGCAGGAGCUCCCCCGAAUGUAACGGGCAAGAGGGAGAGAAAACCAAAAGCCUGGCGGAGCCUGGGGCUCACGGAGACGCCUGGCAGGCGCGGAGGACAGAGUCCGGCUGCAAGAGCGGCGACCACGUCGGCAACGGCUCGGCCAGCCUGGACUCCCCGGGUGUCCGUGGCGGCACAGCGGUGGAGCUCGGCGGGGACCCGGCGCCCCUCAGUGACCAGGUUAAAACAAGCGACCGGAAUACAGAAUGUGCGAACUGUGCCUCCCAACAAAGUAAAAACCACUUAGAAGGCUGUAGGAAAGAAUUUAAGAACUUGGAAGUAGGCUGUAAAUCUAGUGAGUUCCACCCAGAAUCACAUCUACAAAUAAGAAAUCCUCUGAUAAAAAGGUCACAUGGACGUGACCCCAGUGGGAAACUGUUCCCUUCGUCCAGCCCACAGGUCUUCAAGGACCACACGGCCGGUGAGCACGCCCACCAGUCAGGGGAACAGAAACUUGAAAAGUCAAGUGAACGCGCAGUUCCCGAGUGGGCAAACGCGGAAGGUCCUGCGAGAGCGGGCGCGCUCCCUCACCCGGCCGAACGGUCUGCCUCCGGGUCCACACUGAGCAGCGAUGGAGCCCUCUCGCCAUCCGCGGCGCGGUCCUGGUCCCCCCGCGUGAGAGCUGCGGGGCUGACGCCCGACGCUGCCCCCCUCGCCCAGCAGCACACUGCGGGGCCACAGUAUUACCCGGAGACCUCCCCGCCCAGGGAGCGCGGCGCUCGGUCCGCCCGCGGAGCCGACGGCUGUCAGAUGCCAAAACCCGUUUGCCAGAAUCCGCCGCCUCCUUUGCCACCAAAAAAGUACACUACGACCAGUGUGCCACAGUCGGAGAAGAACCACUCUGCGCCUGAUGCCAGGCUCACGGAGGCGCUCAGAGCGAACCCCGCUGGUCCGGCCAAGCACAGGGCAGGGGCAGCGUCCGAAGCAGGCCCAGCAGUGCGUGCACGUGCCAGCGACGACAGGCCCAGGGACGCGGCCCCGAGAGAGCCCCCGGGCGCCACGCGGAGCUGCCCGGCCCUCUCCUCAGCCAGCGAGUCCCUGGCGGGCCUGGGUGCAGCUGUCCCUGCGUUGUGCCAACCGGACAUAGACCCCAGCCCUGCCUGCCCAAGGGGGACAGUCUCACUCACUACCUAUUUUUCAGUCGAUAGCUGCAUGACUGAUACCUACAGACUGAAAUACCACCAGAGACCCAAGCUCUGUUUUCCAGAGAGCUCCGGCUUCAGUCAUGAGAAUUCGGUGUCUCAGAGUGAAAGGGGGCUGGGACCUGUGCCACCUACCAGCCUGGGCUCACACUGCCCUGAGCACAGACACAAACCUAGCCUACACUGAAACAGGUAGACGACACCAGCCACCUUGCACCCAGAGGCCAUGAAGCAACAGGAAUCAACUGGCAGGACCUAGAGAAAAAUGAAAUGAAACCCAUGGCAUUUUCAAGUUAUUAAUCACUUGCACUCCUCAAAAAACAAUUGGGAGUGCAAACAGCCAUUUAUUGUAUGCUGCAGUGGCAUAGAAGCAGAACCUGUCCCUUUAUUUUGUGGUUGGUAGACCCCGAGAAUUACACUGCCUGGUCUCGUGUGUGUAGACGGUAAACUGCUGACUGGGAAAUGCCGGGGGCUGUCCGCAGGCAGAGGGACGGGCCUGUGCAGAGGCGCCUUCUUGCAGGGCGCCCCGGGUUUCUGACUCCGAACGUCAGCUUCGUGUGAGCUCUUUAAGUGUCUUAGAAAAUACCGACCCAUGAAAUUGAUAGCAUUUGGGGGUAAAGCCUUAAUGAUAAAGAAAUUUUUAAAUUCCAUUCUCAAGGUCAGGACAGAAGAAACUUAGUUUUGCUCUUAGAACUUUCACCUUCAGGAUGCCUAGUUAACAUGAGGCAGGCCUCUCAAUGCUGGGUCGGUAAAUACAGCUUCAGCCAGGUAAGCUAAAAAUCAUCAAAGUACUUAGUCUUAGUAUAUUUAUUUGUUACUUUUUCUAAGUUUAUAUGAAAUGUGAACAGUUUUUAUGUUGGUUUACUUUGGGCUGCUGCUCUCCAGUGUUGGGGUUGACCUAGUGCCCGCCUCCUGGGAACCUCACUGUGACCCCCUAGACUUCCCAGCUGUCAUCCUACCUGUUUACAGGUUGGCAGCCCAUUUUGUUGAUUUUCUGAUUCUUGAAUCUGGAAAUCUUCCUGCGUUUUCAGAUAAAGUUUCUGCCUUUCAUUUAGAGGAUUUAAUUUUAAUGAAAUGUUGUUUUACCCUAACUACUUUCAUGGAGAGGGCUUUCUUUUUAAAGAGGUCUCCCAUUAAGAUGAUGACCUUAAAAGUAUGAAAAUAAAUUACUUUAAUUGCCUUAUUUCAUUAGUUGUCACUUUAUUUUGUGCUAAGCUAGUAAAGUAACUGUGGCUCAGACUAGUUUUAUAUUGUCCACUCCAGGGAAUUAAUUAUGGAACUAAGAUUUUUCUUGCAUUUAUCAAUGGGUAAAGUUUACAUGACUUGGUAAUUCUAUAAACUACUUAUUAAAUUUAAUAUUUUGACCAAUUCCAUAAAUUGUUAAAAUAUUCCAAAAGGUAAAUGAUUAAAAAUACCUCUAGACAAAUAGAAAGUAAUUGCUCGUAAAAGUCUAACUUCACCCAGUUACUAAAUCUUGGUCAAAGUUAUACACCAAGAGAUGUUUUUAACACCUUGCUGACCAGCUAUAUCAAGCCAGAACUUGCCCGUGCAGUCGGCUAUGUUUUUGUCGUAACAGAUCAGCAAGGUGUUUAAAAUUACUUAAUAUAAGUGCAGACACGAGUUAUCUUGUGACUGGUCAGCAACAUUUGGACAUGGAAACGUGUAUACUUGUGACCACUCAGCAAGGUGGAAUAGCCUUUUCUAACUUAUAACAGUGAUUAUUACUUUCUCUUAAUUUAGAAAUACUUGAAUAUAAACUAAAAUAAAUUUUACCUUUUAAGAAAGCUUAUUUUUAUAACACGAUUUUAAGUAUGGAGCAUUUGUAAAUAUUGUAAACUUUGUAAAAUUGUAUUUAAAAUGCCAGUGUAUAUAAAUACUGCUUUUAUAAUAACAUUGUAAAAUACUAGAAAAUGGCUUCCUCCAAGUAUUUAAUAGCUAUCAAAAACCUGUGUAGAUUUUUUGUUGUUUGUUCUAUUUGGUCAAGAUAUCCAGUUGAAAUGUAUUAUUUGAAAUAGUUAAACCAAUUUCUGAUAUUUAACAGCGAUCUCAUAGAUUGUAUUUUCAACUUGCAGCUGAAUUGCAAACAUCAACUAGAAAUGUCCCACUUGGGCUCUUGUUUAAAUCCUGUCCCCCUGAAACAUCCCAAAUCACGUAACCGCUCUAACAAACCAGAAACUGACCGUUGUGUUCAUGUUGAUCCAACAUUCCAAAUAUAGCUUGAAUGCAUAUUUAGUAACUAAUAAUUCACAUGUAAAAUUUUUAUUUUUAGGGUGCCUAUUUAUUUUUAUAGAUGUUUUCUUCUGGUUACAAACUUACUAUGGUAACUUUUGAAAUAAUGCAACCAAUUGUUGUAAUGUUCAAAAUACUUGUCUUCCAAAUGUUCUAUUUUCAUGUGAAAUCAGUUUACCUGGUUCAAAAUUGUGUCUUUUUUAGAUAAACUGAUCUUUUAAGUUGA